CUAAAAGCAACCUUCAAGAAGAAUGCAAGCAAGCUGGAUAAACCAUUCUUCGUUGCAGCCAGAGCAUACACAGAGAGGAAAUUUGAAUACCAUAUGAGCGAGUUGGACAGCUUGGACAUCCGUGUAAGACCAUAUUUACAACAAGUUGGAUACCACAAAUGGUCAAGAUACCACUGCAAAAACAACAGGUAUUCAACUAUGACUUCAAACAUUGCUGAAUCUCUAAAUGCAGCAAACUUGGCAGCUAGAGAGCUACCAAUCACAACACUGAUGGAGUCAUUGAGAGCAUUGAUUCAACAAUGGACAUACACAAACAGGAAAAAAGCACAGAAAACAACAACAUUUUUAACACCUACAGCAGAAAAGAAAUUAGUCGACAACUUUGUGGAAUCAUUGACAGAAAAUGUAAAACCAAUAAACGAGACCAUGUUCGAAGUCAUUGAACUAACCAGAUCAUGGGUCAUCAACCUCAAGGAGAAAACAUGCAGUUGCAACAGAUUCCAACUUGAUGAGUUACCGUGUGCUCAUGCGCUUGUCAUGUUAUAA